UGCCAAAAAGACAUAGUAGCCCAUGUGUUGAACUUGUGGAGCUGUAUCCUUACAUGUUUGUCCAGGACAUGUUCUGAACAGGAUCCAAGCAGGAGAAUCCACACAGCUUAGCCUUUAUUGGAGCAAAUGGCAUUGCAGUGGUGAGGAUGAUGGAGGCACAUAUACAUAUGUAUUUGUUACCAUGGCAAAUGUUAUUCCGGAAAGGACUCUAACAUAAGAAAGAAAGUGCAAAAAACCGAACGUGACUGCGCAUUUGUAAUGUUGAGCAUGAAUGGAAGAAGGAUUAGAUGUAUGUGUUAGUAUAGAACAGAAAAGGGUGGAGAGAUUUUGAUAAUUACUGAAAGCAACAUAAUCCACCCCCCACUUGUGCUCCCUGCCACCUCCCUUUCUCCCUCUUUCUCUCUCUCUUUCUCUCUCUCCCUCUCUCUCCCUCUCUCUCUCUCUUUCUGUCUCCCUUUCUCUCUCUUUCUCUGAGUCCCAGCCCCUGAAGGUGUAAUAACUGUGCUCUCUCUCUCUCUCUCUCUCUCUCUCUCUCUCUCUCUCUCUCUCUCUCUCUCUCUCUCUCUCUCUCUAUCACCGCCUUUCAGAUCUUUAAAAGCUGGUGCUUUGCUGUGUCUCUCUCGAUCUCCAUUUGUCUCCUCUGGCACUGCAGGGGACUCAACCGGCACAGCACCAAGGAAAGCUACUGUAUAGAAACGGGAAGAAGACUGAGGAAAGGGAAAGAGAGUGAAGGAGAAAUAUACAUCCAGAAAUAGCAUCAGCCACAUUUAAGUGACAGAGAGUGACAGAGUGGAGAACCUGAGACCUGGACAGAAAAUGCCUAUCCUUUCUAACUUAACAACCGUUGUUUUGUUGCUGAUUGCUCACUGCGGAUCAUGGACGGGGGCAAACCGCUUGGGCCCCUUCAAGGUCUGUCCCUCCUGCAGGGAUCCACUAGGGGCAGGUCGCCCCCCCAGGGACCAUAAUGUUGCUGGCAGCACAUCAGUGUUGGCCCAGGGAGAGCCCUGUGGUGUGUACACCUUGAGCUGUGCCAAGGGGCUCCGCUGUGUUCCCCCACCAAGGGAGCACAGCCCCCUUCAGGCUCUGUUGCAGGGAAGGGGCAUUUGCGCCAAGCACAGCAGGACUAGUCCCACUGAGAGGCCCCACCCCACAGGUCCCCAUCCGUCACACGGUGGUGACAUUGAAAAAGCCCCCUGCCGCAAGCUGCUCAAUAGUGUCCUGAGGGGUCUUGAGCUGACAAUCUUCCAGUCGGACCGUGACAUCUAUAUACCCAACUGUGACACUCGUGGCUUCUACAGGAAAAAGCAGUGCCGCUCCUCCAAGGGCAUGCAGCGUGGCCACUGCUGGUGCGUGGAUGAACUCGGCACGCCCGUGCCCUCACGUGCCAGGGAGGAUGGCACUUUACCAUGCAAUGAGGAGUGAGGGAUCAGUCCGUCCUAUUGCUCUGAGCCUGGGGGAAGAGGAGGAGGAGGAGGAGGAGGAGGAGGAGGAGGAGGAGGAGGAGG